AUGGCCAUGCCUCAUGGCCGCCGUGGGCGCACAUUGACGCAAGGGGCGGAGACUGUACUCGCAAGCUUCCCAAUGCACCGUACCCAGUCGAGGCCUGCUGGGAGCCCGGCCCGAACGCUCAGUAAGCUGCCGUCGGGGCGCGUAAUUUCGAUCGACCGCAACACGCACAUCCCAGAGGAUCUGUUCCAGGACCUCCUCCUUGCGGCCGACGACGUCAAGCGCCGGGGCCAGCACAAGCUGGCCGAGGAGUCACCAGCGCGGAGACAGCACCUCGUGAUUGCGGGCGCGCAGCUCGCGCGCAGGGGCUGA